GGUGAUGCCUUGGGCGUCUUUGGACACAAUGACAAAGUCGAAGUGGCUGAGUUCUUGGAUUAUUAUGGCCUUGACGGUGAGGAAGUGGUUUCGAUCGAGCAUCCCACAAUUGCAAGCCAGCGUGAGCUCCUGACCAUCCGUCAACUCUUCACCGAGCGCCUCGACCUUUUUGGCAAGCCCAGCCAAAAGUUCUACGAGGGUCUGGCACCAUUUGCCGAGGACAGCUUCCAACGCGCCAAGCUCGAGUGGCUUGGUACAGAAGACAAGGAAGGUUUCAAGAUUCGCCAGCUGGAAUCCUACACCUACGUUGACAUCCUGCGCGAGUUUGACUCCGCUCGCCCCCCUCUUGAUGAGCUUAUUCUCAUGGUGCCCCCGAUCAAGCCUCGCCACUAUUCAAUCUCCUCCAGCAUGAAAAUGUGCCCCAACUCAGUCCAUCUCUUGGUCGUGCUCGUCGACUGGGUUACUCCCAAGGGCCGCCAACGAUACGGUCAAUGUACUCGGUAUCUGGCGGGUCUCAACCCAGAAGCAGACGGUGACAUCUAUCUCAACGUUGACAUCAAGCCCAGCGCCAUGCACCUACCGCCCAGCCCGAAGCAGCCCAUCAUCAUGGCUGGCCUGGGUACCGGCAUGGCACCGUUCCGCGCUUUUAUCCAAGAGCGUAUGUGGCAGCGACAACAAGGCAUCGAAGUGGGGCCUGUUCUGCUCUACUUUGGUUCGCGCCACCGUCACGAGGAGUAUCUGUACGGCGAUUUCCUCGAUGCCAUGUACGAAGAUAAACUCGUCACACGACUGGGUUUGGCCUUCUCUCGCGAUCAGCCGCAAAAGAUCUACAUUCAGCACAAAAUCACGGAAGAUAAGAAGGACAUUGUGCGGCACCUGUACAAGGAAGAGGGUCACUUUUAUUUGUGUGGCCCGACUUGGCCCGUCCCCGACAUUCGCCAGGCCAUCGCCGACGGUCUGGUCGCUGAGGCUGGCAUGAGUGAGGAGCAGGUGGACGAGUUCUUAGACAUGUUGAAGGAAAACGGUCGCUAUGUGCUUGAGGUGUAUUAAGCGUAAGCGUGCUUUUUAUGGGAUCUGGUGGUGGCACGUAUGCUAGUUAGGCUGCACCGCACCGUUCCUGCGGUCGUUUGGUUAAUUCUUUUUUGUUUCUACCACCCAUCUUCCACUCCAUGCGUACGCCAUAAGCGAAUUUCAGAUGCCUUUCCUUUUCUUUUCUUUCCUUUAUUUUUUUUUUUUUUUUUUCUGUUUCCUCCCCUCUUGUUCUUUCUUGGAGCUGUGCGCCCUUGUCGUGUGCGUGGCCCAACAGUCGAAAUGCCUAUCUUG